AUGGCAUGUGGCGCGACCUGGAAUCCACCACCGAGGGGGAGUCUGAAAUGCAAUGUGGAUGCUGCCACCUUCUCAUGCGGUGCCGGCUUCGGCGCUGUUCUAAGGGACCAUACAGGCAGGUUCGUGGCAGCGAAGAGUAGCCAUGUUGAAGGCAUUCAUGAUCCGUUCACGGCAGAGACGAUUGCCGUAAAGGAGGCCCUUACUUGGUUAAAAGGCCUACAUUGCUCGAGCAUUAUCAUUGAAUCCGAUUGCUUAAAUUUUUGUACCGCUUUUAAUUCUGCUUAUUCUGAUUAUUCGUAUGUAGGUUUACUUAUUAAGCAAUGUUUAUCUAUUGCUAAUGACAUUGGUGAAGUGAUUGUUUGCCAUGUCAAGGGGUCAACGAACCGAGUGACUCACGAAUUAGCGCGGGCAACUGGUUCUGUGUUUGCCUUAAGAGAGUGGGUUGUUAUCCACCAACUUGUAUUUCCGGUUUUUUAA